ACUCCAAAGCCUCAGCAGCCUCUGCGUCCUAAUGUCAUCAGACCUGCUGCUGCAUGGCAAGGGGCAAACUCUGUGGGAGAAGGAGGAUCUAAAAGUGCUGUGGAGCCCUCGGGGAGCACAUCUGUGCAGGAUGAGCAGGAUUCAGCUCUGCCCUGCCAGGGAGAUGAGUAUAAUCACGUGGAGGACAGCAGUGCUGGACCAAGCAGGGAUGAGAGUGUGAACUUUGCCUUGGAGCAGCCUGGACCCUCUAAGCUCAAUGGCCCCAGCUCUGAACUCACAAGUAAGCAGGAGCCUGGCCCGAGUUUGCUGCCAGCAAGAAAGACGAGUCCACAGCCUGCUGUUAACACUGCUAGUCUGGAGAAUGCAGACCUUCCACCACAACAGGAGGAAAAGAUGGAAACCCAGCAAGGAGAGAGCUUGGAGCCAGAGCAAAACCUGAAAGGAACAGCUGCUGCAAGCGGCACAGAGCAGGAGAUCCAGGGGAGCAGCCAGCCGGAUCGCCUGUGCUUCCAGCCCCUGGAAGGCGAAACACACGCUGUAGCAAAUGGUUGUGCUCCUCAGCAAGGGCAGCCAGAGGCAUACCCAGAAUCUCUGAGGGCAUAUGGAGAGAAGGCUCCCGGGCCAGCCUUUCCCCGACCGGAGCCACAGCAGGACGGGAUUCCAGGCCCUGCUUCCCCCCAGCCAGCACAUCCUCCGGAGGACACGGGGCAGCAGGCAGGGGUGGACAACGAGCAGCCUGGUCCAGCCUUCCUCCCACAGGGCUCUCAGGAACUUGGCUCGAGUAAUGUGCCAGAACAAGGAGCUGCUGGGCAGGAGCAGGACCUCACUGCACUGCUCAUCAGGGAGACAGAAGCAAGAUUCCCAGAUGUGAAGAAGGAAUAUAUUGAAGAAUUAAUCAUCAUCAAGAACUGCUAUGACUUAAAUGUACUUUGUAACUUUCUUCUGGAAAAUCCAGAUUACCCAAAGAAGGAAGGCAGAGUGGUUUUAAAUCCCAGCAGCAGUCUGCUUGCCAGCCAAGAUGAGACAAAGGUGCCUAAAGUGGACUACUUUGACUUUUCCAAACUUGCCCCCCUUGACCAGCGGUGCUUUAUCCAGGCAGCUGACCUCCUCAUGGCAGACUUCAAAAUGCUGAGCAGUCAGGACAUCAAGUGGGCACUGCACGAGCUCAAGGGACACUAUGCAAUCACACGAAAGGCCUUUUCAGAUGCUAUCAAAAAAUGGCAGGAGCUGUCUCCCGAAACCAGCGGGAAGCGAAAAAGGAGGAAAGAAAUGAAUCAAUAUUCAUAUAUAGACUUCAAAUUUGAGCAAGGGGAUGUGAAAAUUGAGAAGCGCAUGUUCUUCCUGGAGAACAAGAGACGGCACUGGAGGUCCUAUGACAAACUCUCUCUUCUCCCCCCGGUGCUACUGGAGCAGGAAUUCUAUGAGCAAAAAGUCAAAGAGAUGGCAGAGCAUGCAGACUUCCUCCUGGCUCUGCAGAUGAAUGAGGAGCAGUACCAGAAGGAUGGGCAGAUGAUUGAGUGCCGCUGCUGCUAUGGGGAGUUUGCCUUCGAAGAGCUGACUCAGUGUGCAGAUGGACACUUGUUCUGCAAGGAGUGCCUAAUUAAAUAUGCUCAGGAGGCAGUUUUUGGCUCUGGGAAGUCAGAGCUCAGCUGCAUGGAAGGCAGUUGCACAUGUUCCUUCCCCACCAGUGAGCUGGAGAAAGUGCUUCCAGAGACCAUCCUCUGUAAAUACUAUGAGCGGAAAGCUGAGGAGGAGGUGGCUGCUGCCUGUGCAGAUGAGCUUGUCAGUCUCCUCCAGGAUGUGAACCUGGAAACAUGUCGGAAGUGCCAGGGGCUGUGGAAGGAGCACAUGAACCUCACAUGUGAGCAGCUGGCUGAGAAGGAUGACAUCAAGUACAGGACAUCCAUAGAAGAGAAGAUGACAGCUGCCCGGAUUAGGAAGUGCCACAAGUGUGGGACUGGCCUGAUUAAAUCCGAGGGCUGCAACCGCAUGUCUUGCCGCUGCGGUGCCCAGAUGUGCUACCUCUGCCGCGCUGCCAUCAACGGCUACGACCACUUCUGCCAGCACCCACGCUCCCCUGGGGCACCCUGCCAGGACUGUGCCAAGUGCUCUCUCUGGACAGAUCCCACAGAAGAUGAUGAAAAGAUAAUCCAGGAGAUUCAGAAGGAGGCUGAAGAGGAGCAAAAGAAGAAGAAUGGAGAGAACAGCUUCAAGCGGAUCGGCCCUCCUGUGGAAAAGCCUGUGGAGAAAAUCCAGAGAAUUGAAGUCAUCCCUAGACCUGUUCCUCAGAACCUCCACCAGCCCCGGAUGCCCCCAUACCCCUUCGUACACCCUCCCUUCCCUCUCCCUCCCGUCCGGCCCAUGUACAACAACAUUCCCCUCAACAUUGGCCCCAUCCCUGCCCCCUAUGUCCCCCCAUUACCCAACAUGAGGGUGAACUAUGACUUUCCCCAGAUUAAUGUGCAGCUGGAGCACAACUUGCCUAUGCACUUUGGCCCUCAGCCUCGGCACCGAUUCUGA